AUGGGUUUCUUCUUUCAUAUGGUCGAAAUUCCCAAGGCUUUAACCCUAGCAUUCUUGUUUGGAUUUUGGAGCAGUCUUAAAUUUGUCGUGAUAGCCUUCCUCAAUGGUUUGGGGCUUUACAAGCCGCCGCCAGAAGAAGACAACGACAAUUCCUCCGGCUACCACCCCAACAGUUACAUUCUCCUCCUCGACGGCACCUCCCCGUCUCUCAUCCCCAUCCCUAUCCACGUCGCCACCGCCGCCGUCAAACGCAAAGUGCCCAUUGUCUUCUUCCGCGACUACCUCCGCCGGGAAGCCGAAAUGGAAAAGCACCGCUGCUGCUGCUGCUCCAUCUGCCUUGAAGAAAUUGAGCUGGAUCACGAGAUCAGGGACCCAGUCACCUGUAAUCAUGUGUUUCACCGGCCCUGCCUCGACACUUGGGUGGACGAGGGUCAGGUCACCUGCCCCGUCUGCAGAUCCAUGCUGCUUCCCAAGAAAUUGGCUUCUUUCCGCCUAGAAAUGCCGGCUCCGGCGCCGGAGCCGGAUGUCAGAUAG